GGACACUCAACAUUUUAGCGCACUUUCUUCCAAAAGGUAGACACAAUGGCUCGUAACUUCGUUUUACUUUUACAAGUUGGUAUUUUAGUUUGUCUUGGGUCUAUUACAAUCGCAAGUGGCCUUUCGGUAGAGGAACGGUUGCAGCAAUUGUCUGACCAGAUGAUUGAAAUGAGACAAGUGUUGAAAACGAAUGCCGUUCAACUGGAAAUCAAAGAUGGCCGGCUAGAUGUGCUCGAGCAAAAAGUUGCCCGAUUGGAACUCGCCCUGCAGAAUGAACGGCAAUUCAACUCGAAAUCAAUUUCGAAAUAUGUCGAGGCGAUCGAAAUUCAGUCAAGUGGAAAGAGCGCAAGUAUUCAGAGAACAUGCAGAGAGGUUCGUCUAGCAAACCCUAGCCUAACAUCCGGAAUGCACUGGAUCGAUCCUGACGGUCAGGGAGUUGGAGACGACCCCAUUUUCGUCUACUGCGACAUGGCCACAGGAUCGACUUUAGUCCCGCACGACAGCGAAGAAUCAAUAGACGUGGGUCAUUGCGCUGAUCCUGGAUGUUAUUCCAGGUCCAUCAACUACAACGCCACAAGUAGACAAAUGUCGGCAUUGGCCGAGUUGUCGGCGGAAUGCCACCAGUCGCUCACCUAUGAUUGUUUCUACGCCCCGUUGGAACUGAACGGCAUCACCUACAGUUGGUGGAACGACAAAAAUGGAAACGUUCAAUACUUUUGGGCCGGAAACGAUUCCAGCGUUCACACCUGUCAGUGCGGAAUCGACGGGAAUUGCAUCGAUCCUGCCGUCAAGUGCAACUGCGACGCCGCUGCGCCACUUCAAUCAGCUGAUAAUGGUGUUGUCGUAGGCAAAGAGAUCCUGCCCAUUACUCGUCUGAACUUUGGUCGGACCCAACUCGGAAUUUCUUCCGGUGUCCACACUCUUGGGCGAUUUGAAUGCACCGGACAAGUGGCCGUCACUGGAAUGCCCAAGUCAUGCCAAGAUUUGUGGAGGAUUGGGCACAGUCUGAGCGGAUUGUAUUCCGUCACGGACGAGAAAAGCGUCGAGAGUGUCUACUGCGAUUUUACCAAGCUUCCUAACGAUUCCGGUUUCCAGACGUGGAUUGGAUACGAAGAUGUCAAAUCCUCGCCGACAUACUUCUACGUUAGGAAAUGGGAGAGUGGCUUCGCUCAACCUUCUAUUCCAAUUCCAUUCGACGUUCAAAACUUGAACGUGGGAGCGGCAAUGAACUUGACAUCGGGAAAAUUCACGACUCCGAGAGCGGGAACUUAUUUUUUCUCUGCAUCUGGAACGGUUCAAUUUCCAUCUACUUCAUCUAGGCUUGGUUGUGGAAUACAGUUAUAUGAGAACGGCGUAGCUAACGGUUAUAUCCCAAUCGAUUCGUCCAACUCGGAAUGGAAUUUAGAAACGUUUAGCAUCCAAGUGACGGUCAGUCUGCAAAGAGGAGAUGAAAUCUGGUUGGCGAUUAAUUCGAUUUCAUCGGGUGUGUCUCUGUACGGUUAUGGGUCCCUUCAUUUUACUGGUUUUUUGUUGGAAGAGGCAUUAUUUUAACAGGAAAAAUGUGGGUCAAUAAACGCAGUUAACGACCAA